AUGAGAGUCAUCAUUCGAGAUGAGAGCCUAGACGCUAGCGAGUACGUCGCAGGCUAUAUUGUCGAACGCGUCAAGGAAUUUGAUCCUAGCCCGGAUCGACCUUUUGUCCUCGGCCUGCCAACGGGCUCUAGUCCCCUAGGUGUCUAUAAAGCUCUAGUGAGAAAGUACAAGGCCGGGCAGGAUGAAUACGUCGGCCUCCCACGCGAUCACCCAGAGAGCUACCACACGUUCAUGUGGACCAACCUCUUUUCACAUAUUGAUAUCUACCCUCAAAACGUGCACAUCCUCAACGGGAACGCCGAGUCUCUAGCCAUCGAGUGCGCCCGUUUCGAGUCUCUCAUACGCGAGCGCGGCGGCAUCGACCUUUUUCUCGCCGGUGUAGGCGAAGAUGGACACAUCGCAUUUAAUGAGCCCGCGUCAAGUUUAUCUUCGCGCACCCGCGUGAAGACUCUCACGCAAGAUACUAUCCGGGCCAACGCGCGCUUCUUUGGCGGCGACGUUGCCAAGGUGCCGAGGCUGGCUCUGACCGUUGGGGUGGGAACCGUCCUCGAGGCUACAGAGGUCGUGGCCGUGAUCUUUGGUCGUAAAAGUCAAUCGCACUGCAAAGACGCCACGAUGGAGCUACAGGUUAAGACUGUCAAAUACUUCAAGAGCAUCGAAUCGAGGGCGUCUGUCCCCUCGCCUCUGAACCCCCAUCCACCUAAACUCCCUGGAGAAGAUAUCUCCGUCCGUACGGGAAUACUCGAACCCAUGGACCUUCCAGUCAUUGUCCAUCCGUCUCCGUUAGGUUCACCUUCGGUAACAUUAGAGGCAGCCGCAGAGGAUGCUAAGAUCUCUACACCAUUCCUCCGUCGGUCAGCCUCCCCGGAUAUGGAGCUGAUACCCGACCGCAUGGCCUCAAGAAUCCCCGGUGGCCAAUUCUCCGGUCGGCUUUCUCCCCGCCUUAGCAUCUCACCGAAACCGGUAGCAACUUAG